AUGUGACCCUCUGGCACCUCUUCCGUCGGCUGAAUUGUGGCCGUAUGCGCGGCUCUGUGGAGCGCGGCUGGGGUUGGGGGCACUGUGCCUCCAGCCCCCUGCUCCUUUGGACUCUACUUCUGUUUGCAGCCCCAUUUGGCCUGCUGGGGGAGAAGACCCGCCAGGUGUCUCUGGAGGUCAUCCCUAACUGGCUGGGCCCCCUGCAGAACCUGCUUCAUAUCCGGGCAGUGGGCACCAAUUCCACACUGCACUAUGUGUGGAGCAGCCUGGGGCCUCUGGCAGUGGUAAUGGUGGCCACCAACACCCCCCACAGCACCCUGAGCGUCAACUGGAGCCGCCUGCUAUCCCCUGAGCCCGAUGGGGGCCUGAUGGUGCUCCCUAAGGACAGCAUUCAGUUUUCUUCUGCCCUUGUUUUUACCAGGCUACUUGAGUUUGACAGCACCAACGUGUCCAAUACGGCAGCAAAGCCUCCAGGAAGACCGUAUCCUCCAUACUCCUUGGCCGAUUUCUCUUGGAACAACAUCACUGAUUCAUUGGAUCCUGCCACCCUGAGUGCCACAUUUCAAGGCCACCCCAUGAACGACCCUACCAGGACUUUUGCCAAUGGCAGCCUGGCCUUCAGGGUCCAGGCCUUUUCCAGGUCCAGCCGACCAGCCCAACCCCCUCGCCUCCUGCACACAGCAGACACCUGUCAGCUAGAGGUGGCCCUGGUUGGAGCCUCUCCCCGGGGAAACCAUUCCCUGUUUGGGCUGGAGGUAGCCACAUUGGGCCAGGGCCCUGACUGCCCCUCAAUGCAGGAGCAGCACUCCAUCGAUGAUGAAUAUGCACCGGCCGUCUUCCAGGUCAAUGCUCCUGGGUGUGGGCUUCCCUCCAGUGGACGGCUUGUCCCCACUAGUCCUGGGCAUCAUGGCAGUGGCCCUGGGUGCCCCAGGGCUCAUGCUGCUAGGGGGCGGCUUGGUUCUGCUGCUGCACCACAGGAAGUACUCAGAGUACCAGUCCAUAAAUUAAGGCCCGCUCUCUGGAGGGAAGGACAUUACUGGACCUGUCUUGCUGUGCCUCAAAACUCUGGAGGUUGGAGCAUCAAGUUCCAGCCGGCUCCUUCACUCCCCCGUCUUGCUUUUCUGUGGAACCUCAGAGGCCAGCCUCGACUUCCUGGAGACCCCCAGAGACAUGGUCUUGCUAUGUUGCCAGUCUGGGCUCAAACUUCUGGCCUUGAGUGAUUCUCUCACCUCAGACUGCUGAGUAGCUGGGAUUACAGAUGCGAGCCACCACACCUGGCUGCACAAACUUUAAAAUGUUUGAGCAAAUUCAAUGAGUAUAGUAAAAUAUCUUCCUCUCUUUACCGAUUCCCACCCUAUUUUCCCCCACCCCCACCCCAGGCAUCAAUAUUGUGGUUUCUUGUGCACUGAGUGAUUUUUAUUUAUUAUUAUUAUUUUUUUUUUUUUUUUUUUGAGACGGAGUCUCGCUCUGUCACCCAGGCUGGAGUGCAGUGGUGCGAUCUCAGCUCACUGCAACCUCCGCCUCCCGGGUUCAAGCGAUUCUCCUGCCUCAGCCUCCCGAGUAGCUGGGACUACAGGCGCUCGCCACCACACCUGGCUAAUUUUUUGUAUUUUUAGCAGAGAUGGGGUUUCACCCGAGAUGGUCUCAAUCUCCUGACCUGAUGAUCAGCCUGCCUUGGCCUCCCAAAGUGCUGGGAUUACAGGCGUGAGCCACCGCGCCUGGCCUAUUUUUUUUUUUUUUUUUUUAGAGAUGGGGUCUCUGUCAGCCAGGCUGGAGUGCAGUGGCAGCCCCCAACUCCUGGGCUCAGGCAGUCCUCCCACCACAGCCUCCCAAAGUGCCUUGGCCUCCCAAAGUGCUGAGAUUACAGGUGUGAGCCACCAUGCCCAGCAGACUUUUUUUUUUUUUUUUCUUAAAGACCAGUGUGCUUUUCUUGGAGAAAGAAGAAGAAAAGAAGAAAGAAGGAAGAAGAAGAAAGAAAGGAGGAAGAAGGGGGAAAAAGGAAGAAGGAAGAAGAGCCAAUGUGAUAGUACAUUGAGUGAUUUUUUAAAAAGUGCAUAUAUGAGCAAAAAGUUAUUUUUCCCUUUUUUGAAGUACGGCAGCAUACUAUAUAGACUGUUCUCUGCAUUUUUUUUUUCCUCCAUUUAAUAUAACUUGGAGAUCAUUUUAUGUCAAUAUAAAAAUGGUUUUCUCAUUCUUUUAUA